CGCAAAUUUCCCUUCUUCCCAUCCUCCAGUGCCUCCAUCCCUGAACUAGCUCAGUGAUGUUUCUUCAUCUUUUAUCUCUCCUCCUGCAUGGACAUCAUUGGGUGAGGUGAAAGGGGAAGGCAGGUGUGGAGGUGAGGUGGUGAUUGGGCUACAACCUUAAAACUCACGUGACAGCAGAUUAACCGGAGGCAAGACUUUGUCACGCUCCCACAGCCGCCACAAUUCCCCUUACUGCCUCCCUCCUCCUCCUCCCUCAUGCUACCUUCCCACCGCAGUUACACACACCUCCCUCCCUCCCCCUCCUGCAACGCAACUCCUCUCCGCUCACUCCGCGGCUUGUGAGACCGUUGGCAGCCUUGGUGCGUGGAGGGAAAGAGAAAGGAGAGAGGAGAGAGUGAGGCUUUCCCAGAAUAGAGAAGCAGGAGGAGGUGAGAGGGAUGAUGAUGGAAGCCAGCUUUGACACUGAGGAGAGUUUUGACGAUCCCUCCUGUCUCGCCCCGCAGCCCCCCGGCUCUGUUUCGCCGGCCAAGAGGCAGAUCAAGGAGGUCAAGGAGACCAAGAUCACUAUAAACUGUGUGACUUUUCCUCUGCCUGGAGAAGGUCCGGAGCAGCAGCUCCUCAAGCCCGACGAAUGGAGCUACUGCGAUUACUUCUGGACCGACAGGAAAGACCCCCAGGGCACCACGUUGGUGACGGGCUUCGAGGUUCUCCUGCAGAAGCAGCUGAAGGGCAAACAGCUGCAGAAGGAGAUGGCCGAGUUUAUCCACGAGAGGAUAAAGAUUGAGGAGGAAUAUGCCAAGAACCUCUCCAAGCUGUCUCUCAGCCCCCUGGCAGCGCAGGAGGAAGGGACUCUCGGAGAAGCGUGGACUCACCUUAAGAAGAGUCUCCAUGAUGAGGCUGAAGUUCACCUCAAGUUCUCCAACAAGCUCCACACGGAGGUAGAGAAGCCCUUGCUGACCUUCAGGGGCGACAACUUCAAGAAGGACCUGAAGAAGUACGACCAUCACAUCGCCGACCUCAGGAAGCAGCUGGCCAGCCGCUACGCCAGCGUGGAGAAGGCACGUAAAGCCCUGGCAGACAGGCAGAAGGAUCUGGAGGUGAAGACCCAGCAGCUGGAAAUUAAACUCAGCAAUAAGACGGAGGAGGACAUAAAGAAGGCCCGGCGGAAAUCCACACAAGCAGGUGAUGACCUGAUGCGCUGUGUGGACCUCUACAACCAAACCCAGUCCAAGUGGUUUGAAGAAAUGGUGACAACCAGCAUGGAGCUGGAGAAACUGGAGGUGGAGCGGAUCGAGUGGAUUCAGCAGCAUUUACGACAGUAUACGACCCUACGGCAUGAGACAGACAUGUUCAACCAGAGUAUGGUUGAGCCCGUCGACCAGCUGCUGCAGAAUGUGGAUCCCGCCAAAGACAGAGAGCUGUGGGUGAAGGAGAACAAAACCGGCGAUGUUCGGCCUGUGGAUAUGGACAUAUAGCUCGUCCCGGCCUGACCUGGGAUCAGCUGUCCUGUCUUCAGUAUUAAAACACAUCCACAGAAUCCAGAAACACUUGAUGACACUGAUUCGGGGACGGUGCAUGUUCAGACCCCUGAGGUCUGCUCAUCCUCUCUCUGAGUGGAACAGUGAGGAGGAAAACAGUCCAGCUAACAGUAACGGACCCAAGUACCAGCAUGUUCCUUCUAAAUUUAAACCCCAUCAUAAUCCACAUUAGCUUACUGAAUGCCAUUUAACAUAUUCUGCUGUUUACCUGUUGUAAAGUUGAGAUUAUUAAAAAAAAUGUACGUAUUUUGAAUUGUUCAGUUUAGCGUCAGCCAACACUUUUCCAGUCUGAGUAAACCAAACAAAAAAAAAGUCUGAUUAUUGAUAUUAUUUUGGAUACUGAAGCAUACUGAGAUCUUGGAAUGAUAUAUUUUCAUAAUUUGCUGGUCCAUUUUGGUGGAAAUGCAUGUUUUGAAUAUAUUGUUUUCACUGUACGUGGAGAGCUGCACACUCUGUGGAACCAUGAUGGCUGUUUCGGUGUAGUUUAUGGAAGUUAAACAAGGUAUUCUCUAUCUUGUCCAUAAUUUUGGAGCUUUCUCCCACUUAAAAAAAGGAAAGUGUACAGCAUAAAUAUCCAGAAACCUCAACUUUUCCAAGCAUUUUGCAAUCGGGAUUUGAUUACACUCAGCACAAGUCCCAAGAUGGAGUCCCAAGAUUUAGGCCAGGGUCUAUUUUGAAUCAGCGCGAAGGAGGAAAAGGUGGUCCAAAUUACACUGAAACACCUUUUAGUGCCUAACGGUUAUAUACCUGGAAUGUCCUUGAUUUAUUCUUCUCUGCAUCGGUGUACAUUUGUACAUACUGGUUCGAUGUUUGCACUGUUCAACGUCGUCUGUUUCACGUUUUGUCGACCCUUAAAGAGAAGAUCUUUAAGGGUCGACAUGCAGCGGGAAGUGCGAGGUGAUAGAGAUAUCAGAGACUGCAUGUAGACUACGUGUCCGUGUUUACAUAUAUGUGUUUGUCUGUCGCGGUCUUUACAUUUUGUUUGUUUUGGAAUAAUUUUUCUUUUCUAUGUUCCCAGAAGGACAAAGUUAAAUAAUAAAGCUUUUAAUCCAGCUGCCAGGCACUCAAAAAAAGUUGUGAAAAAGUAAAGAAAUGCUUAGCUGCCUUAUGAAAAACACUGACCGUUCGUCCCCUGCAGCACAUUCAGACUUUGCUUUGACCCCCACCCCCCAAACGGCUUCAUGUGUAGGUUUGAAAUAGUGUAUUUGUUGUAGAGGUUUUUAUAAGUGUGUCUCAAUGUUGUGCACUAAGUGUGACGAGUUAUGUUCCAACUAAAUGUUCUUGACCAGAAUCCACAAUGACAUAACGGUUGAGUUAACUGCCCUUCUGUGGUGACUGUUUUCAUUAACGUGAGUUUAAUCCGAUUUUCCCAAUGUUUUUAAGAAUGUUGGAUCACAGGUGACCUCUGUCCCGACGGUGUAGUGAGGAAUGCAGUGUCCAAAAUAAAUCUCCUCUUUGAAAAUUAAAUGCCACAGCGUGUCGUUAUGUAACUCUGCCAGGGGGGGCUGGGGGUUUAGAAAUGGGCAGUUACAUCUGCAAGAUGUUUCAUUUAAGAUCUGAUUGAUGUGAAUAAAAAAAAUUUAAACUC